AUCGUAUCUAUUCAUUGUUCUUUAAGUUACGUUGAAAAGCAUCAAAGUUUGAAACUUUUUCAUCCAUGGAUGGUUCACACAGGUCCUUGGAAGAAGCUAAAAAUAUUGAUGUUUACACGGCUAAAGGUCUUCUUAAUAUCGGAUAUCGAUAUUUAGACGUAAGGACAAAAGAGGAAUUUGAAAAGGGACAUUUUGAAGGUGCUCUAAACAUCCCUUACAUGUUCAUUACCAAAGAUGGACGAGUAAAAAAUCCAGACUUCAUCACUCAAGUUUCAGAAGUUACCCAGAAGGGUGAUCAAUUGGUUGUGGCUUGCAAUAGCGGCGGAAGAGGCCUCAAAGCCACAAUUGAUCUGCAGAAUGAGGGUUAUGAGCAUGUUGCCAAUAUUGAAGGAGGUUACUCUGCCUGGGUCGAUGCCGGGUUUGCGGGUCAAAAUGCACAAAAAUCUGAUUGCAAAUUUCGUCUUUGA